AUGCUCGUCUAUGUUGAUGACUUUAUCAUCACAGGGAACAGCCCUCAACAUACCGAUCGGUUUAUCGAAUCUCUCUCUACUCGUUUCUCUUUAAAAGAUUUAGAUGAUAUCUCUUAUUUCCUUGGUAUUGAAGUUCACCGUACUAAAGAAGGUCUGCACUUGACUCAGUACAAGUACAUUUCAGACUUAUUACAGCGGACAAACAUGACGGAUUGCAAGCCUAUAGCCACGCCAAUGUGUCCUAACACACCGCUUACUCUGUUUUCCGGCACACCGCUUGAUGAUCUAACUGAAUUUCGCAUGGUGGUGGGAAGCUUGCAGUAUCUGUCUCUCACACGUCCUGACAUAUCGUUCUCAGUCAACAAGAUGUCUCAGUUUAUGCAUCGCCCAACGCAUGAUCAUUGGCAAGCAGUCAAGCGUAUCCUCCGAUAUCGAGCGGGAACAAUGAGACGUGGUAUCUUUCUUGCAGCAGCAAAUAGACCGAUUCUCCACGCCUUUACCGAUGCAGACUGGGGUGGAAAUAAGGAUGAUUACAUAUCAACAAGAGCUUAUAUUGUCUAUCUUGGUGCACAUCCAGUUGUCUGGUCCUCAAAGAAACAAACCGGUGUUUCACAAUCAUCAACGGAAGCAGAAUAUCGUUCACUUGCUAAUACAACUUCUGAGGUGUGCUGGACACUUUCUCUGCUUCAAGAGCUUGGUAUCUCUCUUCCAACAACACCGGUAAUCUAUUGUGACAAUAUUGGUGCCACUUAUCUAGCUGCAAACCCGGUGUUUCACUCUCAUAUGAAGCAUCUUGCCUUGGACAAUCAUUUUGUGCGUCAGUUUGUCCAAAAUGGUCAACUAAGGGUCUCACAUGUCAAUUCUGCCGAUCAACUAGCUGAUGCUCUUACCAAGCCACUUCCAAGACCAUUGUUCCGUGUUCUCUGUGACAAGAUUGGACUUUCCGAUGGACGUCCGUCUUGA